CAAUGGGCUACAUUUGCCAGAGCCUGGUAUCUCCUCGAUGCGAAGAUGCAGCCACCAGGGAAAAUAGCAGCUGCGACUGUCUUGAGACUUGAAGGCAGGCAUAAACCUAUUUAUCAUGCACUAAGUGAUUGUGGAGAUCAUGUUGUCAUAAUAAAUACAAGACAUAUUGCCUUCUCUGGUAACAAGUGGGAACAGAAAGUAUACUCUUCACAUACUGGCUAUCCUGGUGGUUUCAAACAAGUGACAGCAACUCAGCUCCAUUUGAAGGAUCCAACUGCUAUUGUUAAACUGACCAUUUAUAGAAUGCUUCCAAAAAACCUUCAGAGAAGAACGAUGAUGCAGAGGCUGCAUCUGUUCCCAGAAGAUGUUAUUCCAGAAGAUAUAGAGAGGAAUCUUCUACAAGAGAUUCCUCAGCCGCGUGCAGUCCCCAAGAGGUUAGAUGAAUAUACACCGGAAGAAAUUGCUGCCUUUCCAAAGGUUUGGACUCCGUAA